AUGAGCUUUAUUGAAAUCGGAGGGUUUAUUUAUGACACCACAUACACUUCCGAAGAGAACAAUCUACGAGGGUUUACAAUAGAAGGAAAAUGGGAUGAAGUCAUGAAACUAUACAAAUCUGAUCCAAAAUUCAGCACAAUAAACAUCAACGAAAGUAGAGGAACAGCACUACAUGUGGCAGUAAAUGAUGACAAUGAAGAAGUUGUUAGAAAUCUUGUUGAUUCAAUCAUAAGUCACAAAAAUGAAAAGGCCCUUGAAUGUAAGAACGAAAAGGGUGACACUCCAUUGCACCUUGCAGCAUCAAAAGGAUUCAAAGAUAUAUGUGAAUAUAUAAUUGGAGAAAAUGGUGAAAGGAAGUAUUUGAUUGAUAUCGAUAACAAAGAUGGAGAGACUCCUUUGUUUCUUGCUGCAUUGUCUUGGCAAAAACAAACGUUUGUUUAUCUCUUCAACUUUAAAUCAAGGGAGGGUGAUGGUAAUUAUACUUAUUCUAAAGAUCUUAUCAGAAACAAUGGAGAUAGUAUUCUUCAUUGUGCCAUCAAGAGAGAAUUUUUCGAUUUGGCACUUAUAAUUACAUCUAAAUAUCCCGAUCUUAUUAGCAUUCGGAACAGACAUGGAUUUAGUCCUCUUAAACUUCUUGCUACUAGGCCCUCAGCAUUUAAAAGUGGAUGCAAGAUGAUAUGGUGGAAGAGGCUUCUGUACAGCUGUAUACCUGUGGCAAACCUAAAUGUGAAAGAAGCUGUCGAAUAUUAUGCCAUGAAACAAUCUAACUCAAGCUCAAACAAAAAAUGUCCAAAAAACUAUGACACGUGUUAUCAAUUUAUAUACCUUACAAGGCGACAGGUGAUGAAAAAAACUACUUCUACUGCUGCAUAUGGAUUUGAAAAUAUUGAACAACGGAAUAUACCAAUGCAAUCUGAACACAAAUUUCUUCCAGAAAACUACACUAUGUGUCUUUGGUUUAUGUGGUUUAUGAAGUUUGCAUGCAUCUACAUCCUUGGCCUUUCAGGAGUAGGGAUUGAAGAAAUCACAAAGAUGAAACAAAAACACAAAUGGAGUGGUCAACUACUGAAAAGAUUUAUGGAGAACCCUUGUCAAUCGUAUUUGGGAACCGGCACCAAACCAAUACAAUAUGUCAUUGGAACAGAUUUCCUUUCUGCUUACAAGCCAAACCAAGAAGAUAAUAACAGUGAGGAGCCGAAGAUUUCUACAGCGCUGGAAAAUGAGACAACAAUUUUGACAACAGCGAAAAAUGGCUUAGUUGAAAUAGUGAAUGAGCUUAUAACAAAAAUAUCAAAGAUUUCUACGACGCUUGAAAGUGAGGCAGCGAUUUUGACAAAAGCAAAAAAUGGCAUAGUUGAAAUAGUGAAUGAGCUUAUAACAAAAAUACCAAGUUCAAUAUACGAUGUUAACUUGGAAAAUAAAAAUGAAUUACUUGUAGCAGUUGAGAACAGAAGAACCAUUGAGGCAUUAAAGAAACGGUUUGAAGAGUCUUGUAACAAAGCGAUAUUUGAUAACUUAAUCCAAGAUAUGGACAUGAAAGAGAAUACGAUGUUACAUUUAGCUGCUACAAUAAGUGAUCGAGAUUGGCACAUUUCUGGAUCUGCCUUGAAAAUGAUGUGGCAUAUCAAAUGGUUUGAGUACACUAAAGGACUAGUGCCAGAGCAUUUCAUAGUUAGAACAAACAAAGAGGACAAAACAGCAGGAGAAUUAUUCAACAAUUCCAUUGCAACACUGGUACCCGAUGGUAGUGCAUGGUUCAAAUAUAUUUCUGAGUCUUGUUCUGUAGUAGCAGUACUCCUUGCCGGCAUUGCCUUCGCUAGGUCAAGCACUGUGCCGGGGGGCAACAAAAGUGAUACAGGCGAACCAAUAUUGAAAGGAAAGCCUGCAUUUGAUACAUUUGCCAUAUCUUCACUAAUUGGUCUUUGUUUCUCAGUCACUGCACUCAUAAUGUUCCUUUCUAUACUCACCUCUCAAAAAGAAGCCAAUGAUUUCAGAAUUGAUUUGCCUAGGAAGCUUCUUUUAGGAUUGAGUUCUCUUUUCUUGUCGAUGGUUACAUUGUUCGUUGCUUUCUGUUCUAGCAAUUUCUUUGUGAUUGACGACAAGUUUAAACACAUUGUGUUUCUGAUUUGUUCAGUCACGUGCUUCCCUUUGACUUUGUAUGCAGUAUCACAACUUCCACUUUACAUUGAACUUUUGAGAGGUAUUUUCGCCAAAGUUCCAAAGACAAGUGAUAAGGAGAAGGUCUUUUAA